UGCAAUGCAUGCAAUUCCUUCAAGUGUACAGACUAUAUUUGUAGUGCAAGGUUCAAAAAUCAUCGGAACCCUUAUGGCUGAGGUUUGCGAGAUUUUCUCAAGCAAAUAGCUGAUGAUAUCUUGUGAUCUCUAAAACAAACAAAUGAUUGGUUAUUAUAAUUUUGAUUCGGAUUAAUUGCUGUAAUCAAGCGUUUUAUCUCUCUCUUCCGACAUGAAGUUGCUGCAUCGUACUAUGUCUUGCUCAUGGCAAAGUAAGGCCGAACUUCCCCCGCGCCCGACAUCACUUUUCGUCCGGAGACCGGAGGCAUUUUCAGUCACUGUCCUUUCACCGCAAAAAUCCUAAUCAGGGAAGCUUCAUCCCACCUACCUCCAUAACUGAAUCCUCACGAUUUCGCUCUUCUCGGCAAAAUUGCACUUAAGCACGAACGGAAUUCUCGGAAUUGAACAUCAAUACCUCAUCUCGACAUCUUCCCAAUUCCGCCGAUGGAAAUCGCCGGCUCAACCCCGAAACCGGAGACCCCAGAUCGGGACCCGCUGUGCCCCAAGCACAUCUUCAUCCUCUCCGGUCAGAGCAACAUGGCGGGCCGCGGCGGGGUCACGCAUCACCGCCGCUGGGACGGGGUGGUGCCCCCGCAGUGCCGCCCCAGCCCUGACAUUUCCCGCCUCAGCGCGGCCCUCCGGUGGGAGCCGGCGCGGGAGCCCCUCCACCAGGACAUCGACGCGAAGAAGGUCUGCGGCAUCGGGCCGGGGAUGGCUUUCGCCAACGCCGUGGUUCGGAGGGGUGGCGCUGGGUCGGAGUCGGUGGGGCUGGUGCCGUGCGCGGUGGGGGGCACUGCGAUCAAGGAGUGGGCGCGCCGGGAGCACCUGUACGAGAACAUGGUCAAGAGGGCGAGGGAGAGCGUGAAGGGCAGAGCGGGCGCCGGCGCCGGCGUCGGAGGGGAGAUCAAGGCGCUGCUCUGGUUCCAAGGGGAGAGCGACACGUCGACAAAGCACGACGCCGACGCGUAUCAGGCGAACAUGGAGCGCCUCAUCCACAACGUCCGGGAGGAUCUCGGCUUGCCGUCUCUCCCCGUCAUACAGGUGGCAAUUGCAUCGGGAGAUGCGAAGUAUAUAGAGAAAGUGAGGGAAGCGCAGUUGCGAAUCAAUCUCCCGAACGUGAUCUGCGUGGACGCAAAGGGACUGCCACUCAAGGAAGAUCACCUCCACCUGACCACCGAGGCUCAGGUCCGACUGGGACUCAUGCUUGCAGACGCGUAUCUCAAGAACUUCGUGGCAUAAUGAGUGGCCGGCAGCAAUCGAAUACGGAGUUUUCUCUAUGUAGAUUGAGGAACUAAUGCUAUUUAGUGGUCUGUCAUGUAACACUUUCCGGUUACAAUGGGAAAUGACUCAGUAAUAUAUAAGGGAGAUGGCUUCGGAUGUUGCCCCGGAACGUUCUUCUUCUUCAA